AUGUCAUACCCGUACUAUCCUAAUCCGACCCGGUCUAACUCCGGGACCAGAUCCGGCACUAGCAUGGUUCGCCAACUUUCGGAUAGAGUGAUGCAAUCGACAAGUCAUAGGCGUCUCGAACAUUAUUCCGCACAAAGGGCCCAAGAUGCUCGCGAUGCCUUGCCUCUCAUCCAGGCAAAUAAUAAACGUCACUCCAGCAGAUCAGCCAGCUAUUAUCAUCCCUCUUCUCCAGAGCCUUCGUAUCAGCCUCAUCAGCUCAUUGCUGUUUGCUUCAACCACAUGGCUGGCAGGGAGUGUGAGCAUUGUCGCAACCUGGACCGCUCCUUGAGUGGCGAUCGUCAUGAUAGUUCGCCGGAUUCACAUCAUACCCUAGGAUAUCAAGGACAGGGUCAUGGACAGCAGCGAUACAGCAAUGCCUCUCUCCAUGACGAAAAGCAGAGAGAUGGGGGAGAAAAGGGGGGUGAGCGAGGUUCGCCGCCCGUGGUUGGUUUCUGGCAUUCGGAACUCGCAAAAUUGAGACUGCAGCUGCUGGGAUUGUGGGCAAGAACCACUUUGAUUCUCUGUGUCUUUAUCCUCCUUGUCAUGAGUAUGUACUGGGCGGUAUUGUUCAACGUGGAACAAAACUUGUCCUCGCUCGACGUGUAUGUUGUGGAUUUCGACGGCACUCAAGCACCAUAUACGGGAGUCACGCCUCUUGUUGGUCCCUUGAUCACCCAAACCACCGAAAAAAUGAUAUCGUCUGGACAAUCCGGGGGCCAUUUGGGUUUCAUCACCAUGGAUCCAGCCUUCUUCGACAACGACCCAAUGAACGUCCGGCAAGCUGUGUAUGACUUCAAGGCAUGGGCAGCAAUCGUCAUCAAUGCAAACGCUACAGCGCUCCUCCAACAAGCUGUACAGCAGGGCAAUGCCAGUUAUGAACCUCUGGGGGCCUGUCAAACCAUCUGGGUUGAAGCUCGAGAUCAAGAUACCGUUUAUGACUACAUCCUUCCGUCCCUUACGAGUCUGCAGACGGAAAUCACUUCCACCUUCGGCCAGAUGUGGACGGGCAUGGUCCUCAAAAACACCAGCAUCCCAAUCACAAACCUACAAGCGGCACCGCAGGCACUCAGCCCAGCAAUCGGCUUCUCAAUGUUCAGUCUCCGCCCCUUUGGCCCUCCCGUCACCACCCCAGCAGUCACAAUCGGUCUCAUCUACCUCAUCAUCAUCGCCUUCUUCAGUUUCACCUUCUUCCUGCCCAUCUACACCAAGCUCGUCACACCCGGAGGGCACCCGACCAUCAAAUUCUGGAAAUUCAUCUCCUACUCUUUCAUCUCUCUCGCCUUCCAAAUUCCCUUCGAUAACCCCACUGCUCCGACUACGAUGGUCGCCAACAACCCCGACGCUUACGGUAAAGGCACGUUCGUCGUCUACUGGAUGAUCAAUUUCAUCGGCAUGAUCGCCCUCGGCCUCGCUUGCGAGAAUGUCGCAAUGGCAAUCGGGCAGCCGUGGACGGCGAUGUGGCUUAUCUUCUGGGUCAUCUCCAACGUGUCGACCGCUUUCUACUCCCUGGACUUGGCGCCGAAGUGGUACUACUGGGGCUACGCGUGGCCGUUGCACAACAUCGUCGAAGCGUCGCGGAGCACCUUGUUCGAUUUGCAUUCGAGGAUCGGGCUCAACUUCGGAGUCUUGUUCGUUUGGUGUGCGAUUAAUACAAUGUUGUUCCCGUUCGCGUGCUAUUUCAUGCGCUGGAAGACGAUGAGGAUGAAGAGGAAGGAGGCCGAGGCGAAGAAAAACUAA